GCUCCCGGGGCCGCCGGGCCCCGCUUCCGGCCCGAGCCGCCGUCCCAAGAUGGCGCCCCUGGAUCUGGACAAGUACGUGGAGAUCGCGCGGCUCUGCAAGUACCUGCCCGAGAACGACCUCAAGCGCCUCUGCGACUACGUGUGCGACCUGCUGCUGGAGGAGUCCAACGUCCAGCCCGUCUCCACGCCCGUCACCGUCUGCGGGGACAUCCACGGGCAGUUCUAUGACCUGUGCGAGCUGUUCCGGACUGGCGGGCAGGUCCCCGACACCAACUACAUCUUCAUGGGUGACUUUGUAGACAGAGGGUAUUACAGUCUUGAGACUUUCACCUACCUCCUUGCACUCAAAGCCAAGUGGCCUGAUCGUAUCACCCUGCUGCGAGGGAAUCACGAGAGCAGGCAGAUCACACAGGUCUAUGGAUUCUAUGAUGAGUGCCAAACCAAGUACGGGAACGCCAACGCCUGGAGAUACUGCACCAAGGUCUUCGACAUGCUGACGAUAGCGGCUUUAAUAGACGAGCAGAUCCUGUGCGUGCACGGCGGCCUCUCCCCAGACAUCAAGACGCUGGAUCAGAUUCGAACCAUUGAGCGCAACCAGGAAAUUCCUCACAAAGGGGCCUUUUGUGACCUGGUCUGGUCCGACCCCGAGGACGUGGACACGUGGGCCAUCAGCCCAAGGGGAGCAGGCUGGCUCUUCGGGGCCAAGGUGACCAACGAGUUUGUCCACAUCAACAACCUGAAGCUCAUCUGCAGAGCACACCAGCUUGUUCACGAGGGCUACAAAUUCAUGUUUGACGAGAAGCUGGUCACAGUGUGGUCAGCUCCAAACUACUGCUACCGCUGCGGGAACAUCGCCUCCAUCAUGGUCUUCAAAGAUGUAAAUACAAGAGAACCAAAGCUGUUCCGGGCAGUCCCAGACUCAGAACGUGUCAUUCCCCCUAGAACAACCACCCCCUAUUUCCUCUGAGCCCCCCCCCGCCUGCUGUACCCCCCCCCCGUACUGCCCCUUUACAAUAUACUUUUUAUGGAGCACUUUGCUGCUGAAAUGCUGCCUCUUGCCUUUUUUAAUUUUAAAUUAUCUAAAUUUAUUGUGUAUUAUGGUGUCUGUAGCAAGUUUGGUUUUUUUUUCUACCCCUUUACCCUAGAUUAAUUUCAGAGUAUUUGUAAUAUGUCCUUGAAAUUGAUACUACUGCAUGUAGUUCCUGCGUGUCUCUGGGUCAAUGAAGCCUGUUCCCUCCCGGCCCCGGGGCCUGCCCAGCUUUGUUUUUGGGGAGUUUUAAGAGAUUUCAGCAGCAAAGUCCCUGCCCGUGUGCGGGGCCGCGCGGCGCGUCCUCCUGCCGCGUCCGUGGGUACCAGUGGAGCGGUCAGAAGGGCUGUUCUCCCCCAACCCCGUUUGUUUUGUUUCCGUAGGACCCCCGUGAGAAACACAAACACCUGCUACAGCGACUGACUUUGUACAUUAAAGUAAUUGUUCUGAUUUUUUUCA